AUGCCGGGGCGCGCCCGACCGCUCCGCCCGGUGCUGCUCCCUCUGGUGGCCCUCGCGUGCUGCUUCAGCGGGGGCCUGCGCGAGCGGUGCACGGCCUUCGCCGGCGCGCUCGGACGGCGUUCCGCGGCGGUCGCCGGCUGGCUCGCCGCCGCACCCGCGGUGGCCACGCCGCUCUCGGCCGCAGCGGCCGCGCAGCCGAAGAAGGCGAAGUUCGACUUCGAGAGCUGCAAGACCAGGGACACGGGAGGGCUCGCCUGGGCCCUGGACGAGGCGGAGACGAGGCCCGAGUGCCUGGAGCUGGCGGCCAGCAUCGCCGAGAGGUGCGGCACGGCGACCGAGCUGGCCCUUCGGGACACCCGGGGCGGCGGCGGCUACAAUUGGUGCAUCGGGUGCGAGAAGAACAAGGCCAAGGGCAAGCCGUGCGAGCCGCGGAAGCAGAACUUCGCAAGGUACCGGUGA